UAACGGCUUCACAGUAAAUACAAUUUUCACUUAUCUAUUUCAUCCAAUGCUCCCUGGGAAGUUUAAGUGUUGAUUGCUUCCAGUUCAGUGAAAGCCGUAGCCGUUGUCGGUUCAUAUAUUCUCUGUAUUUUGUUGAAAAUCUUUAAAAAUGACUGAAAUUGACCCCAAUAAACCCAUCAAUUUCUUUAACAAGGAUGGAAGCAAGUGGAGUUACGAUGAAAAGACGAAGAUCAUCACAACGACUGAUGUUAGCUACGAUAUGCCAGCUGGAGGACUCGGACCUUUGCUGUACAACUCGAUGAAGAAGCAUGGAGAUGAUGUGGCUCAAGUUGUAGCUGUUACUGGUGAAGAGGAUAAAUACUCUUCGUUGCUCAAGAGGAGCGUGCGUUUGGCCAUGGAGCUGAGAGCCAGAGGUUUAGGAAGAAACGAUAUAAUCACCACUUGCUCUCGCCAUCAUUUGGAUGGAAUCGUUCCGGCGAUUGCGGCUGCCCUGGCAGGAGUGACCCUGUGCAACAUCGACGCCGACAUGUCCGUGAACGAUAACAAAAUCCUUUUGGAUCAAAUCGAGCCGAAGAUGAUCUUCGCGAGCGAAGCCACCGAAGAACUGGUGGAAAAAGCCUCAGCGGACAUCCAAACUAAGAUCGUGGUCUUCGGAAAGACGGAACGCAAUUUGUGUUACCAAGAUUUGAUUCAACCUAAAGAAGGCGAAGAUUCUUUCACCCCGUACUACGCCGAGAACUUGGACGAAACGGCUAUGAUGUUCUUCAGCAGCGGAACAACCGGAAUGCCUAAAGCCAUCUGCAUGAGCCAUAAAUUCAUGUACAAUCAAUGCAAAGAUUUUGAAAAAGUCGAAUGCUUUUUAAUUUACUCCUCUUUAUAUUGGAGCACCACCAUAAACUUUGCUUUGGGAUUAAUCAUAGCCGGAGGCACGAAGCUCGUUCCGCCAGUAUUUAAUCCUACUCAAACAUGGGAAUUUUUCGAUAAAUAUAACGUCGACGUCCUUUACAUGACUCCGAUCAUGAUAGCAAGAGUUAUUUCGGUGCAACCAGAAGGAAAUUACAGUAGCUUGAAAUUAGUGCUUCUUGGAGGUACCGGUAUCUCCAUGGAGCACAUGAAGAGAUUAAGAUCAUCUUUACCCAAUACAUUAGUUCUUUUGACUUUCGGUCAAACCGAAAUUGGAAUGGGUUGCAAUCCCUUCGAUCCGUGCAUCAAGGAUAAACUAUUGAGUGUCGGAACGCCAAUCCCUGGAUGCUCUUACAAGAUCGUGGAUUCGGAAACUAACGAGAAUUUGGGUCCAAACGAACGCGGCGAACUUCUCAUCAAAUCCGCUUGGCGAAUGACCGGUUAUUACAAGAGGGACAACAAGAACGUCAUCGAGGCGGACGGUUUCGUAAGAACAGGAGACAUUGCCUACUUCGAUGAGGAUUUCUGCUUCUUCAUCGUGGAUCGUAUCAAGGAAAUGUUCAAAUACAACGGCUACCACAUCGUGCCGAAGAAGUUGGAAUCUAUUUUGGAAACGCAUCCUGCCGUGCAUUUGGCUAUAGUCGUCGGAAUCCCGAACGUCGCCACCGGUGAAGAGCCUCUCGGAGUGGUCAUUAAGAACGAGGGUAGUGAGGUGAGCGAAGCCGAGCUCAUCGAGUACGUCAACGAGAAAGUGGACGACUUCCACAAGAUCAGAGCUGGAAUUAGAUUCGUCGAAACGUUCCCGACGACGGCGACCGGAAAAAUUAGACGAAGACUUCUCAGGGAUAGAUUCAUCAAUGGAGAAUUGUAGUUUAACGCAUAUUUCAUUAACUUAAAACUUAAUAAAUCAGAAGAGAAAAGUAUUAAUUUAUAUUUUAUAUUAGAAAAUGGAUUAUUGAAAUACAAUUAGUUAUCUAUAAGUGCGUUGAUAAAACAUUCAAU